AUGGCGCACAAGAACACGACAGAGCAUGAUCUCAACUGCCUCACCAUCAAUGAGCUCGAGGCUAUAGCGAGGGAUAAGAUGGAUAAGCAGACGAGGGACUACUACAAUGAGGGCUCCGACUCCAACUCCACACUCCGCGAAAACAUCAGCGCCUACGCCAAAUACCGCAUCCGCCCGCGCGUCCUGCGCGACAUCUCCCGCAUCGACACAACAACCCCGGUCCUCGCGCCGCGGAGAGACACGUCCGCCACCUUCCGCAACGCCAUCCCCGUCGGCGUCGCGCCGACGGCCAUGCAGCGCCUCGCGCACCCGCUCGGCGAGAUCGCCACGGCCCGGGCGUGCGCGCGGGCGGGCGUCGCCAUGGGCCUGUCGUCGUUCUCGACGACGUCGCUCGAGGACGUGGCGGCGGCCGCGCGCGACGAGUGCCGGCGGCUGGGCCGUACGGAAACCAUCCCGCUCGUGCUGCAGUUGUACCUGUUCGAGGAGCGCGACAAGAGCGCCGCGCUGAUCGAGCGCGCCAAACGCGCGGGCUUCGCCGCCGUCUUCCUGACCGUCGACACGCCCCUGCUGGGCCGCCGCAACCUCGAGAUCCGCAACCGCUUCACGCUGCCGCCGCACCUGCGGAUCGCGAACUUCGAGGUGCAGGACGAGGAGGGGCAGAAGGACGUCGAGAAGGGACAGAGUUCCCCGGGUUACUGGGAUGAAGAGAGGCGCGAGAGGGUCAAGCCGGCGGGGCCGAUCCGGUUCCACACGCACGCGGCCAACCCGACGCUCGAAUGGGGCCGCGACAUCGCGUGGCUGAAGGAGCGGUGCGGCCCGCGCAUGCAGGUGUGGGUCAAGGGCGUCGCGACGGCCGAGGACGCGGCGCUGGCCGUGCAGCACGGCGUCGACGGCGUCGUCGUCAGCAACCACGGCGGCCGCCAGCUCGACGGCGCCCUCGCCACGCUCGACGCCCUGCCCGAGGUCGUGGCCGCCGUCAAGGGAAGGAUCCCCGUCCACGUCGACGGCGGCAUCAGGCACGGCACUGACGUCUUCAAGGCGCUGGCGCUCGGCGCGGACUUCUGCUGGAUCGGCAGGCCGGUGCUGUGGGGGUUGGCGUAUAAGGGGCAGGAUGGGGUGGAGCUGUGCUUGAGGUUGUUGAGGGAUGAGGUGAAGCUGUGUAUGGGCUUGGCGGGGACGGUGAGCGUGAAUGAUAUUACGAGGGAGUACCUGGUCAGGAUGGAUAGGGACGGUUUCCCGGUGAGGAUGAGCAAGCUGUAG